AUGCGUACCGAAAAUGCGCAAUGGGCGCCGCCAGCGCCCGACGCGAUCCCCGCGCCGCGUCAAGGCAAAAUUCAGGAUAUUCACUCGCUCGCUAACCUCAACGAGAUAUGCCCGCGGCACCUGCAUCUCGACUGGCAUGUCGAUUGGGAUAUGAAACGUAUCUAUGGUACAGUGACACACAAGCUGCAAAUUGUGCAGGACGGUGCAGCGCACGCGACGUUUGAUACGUCAUUCCUCGACAUUGGCAAGGUCAAGGUCGACGGCAAGGAAACCGAGCAUGUGGUGCUCUCAGAGCGUCGCAACAUUCUAGGCGAACCACUGACGAUUGCGCUUGGUCCACGCGCCAAAGGCGAUACGGUGACGGUCGACAUCACGUAUAGCACCACGGAAAAAUGCACGUCGCUCGGUUGGCUCAGCAAAGAACAGACGCAUGGAAAAGAAACUCCGUUUUUGUAUUCACAGAACCAGGCGAUCCAUGGACGCUCCCUCUUGCCCGUGAUGGAUGCACCAGGCCGCAAGGUGACGUACACAGCGCACGUUUCCUCCAAGAUUCCAAUUCUUAUGUCUGCUCUGCAGGACGGCGAUACAGAGCAAGGCAUGGACGAAAACAAGGUGUACAAGUUCAAGCAACCAGUACCAAUUCCGUCCUACCUCAUCGCGAUUGUCGGUGGCUCGCUCGCAUUCCGUUCGCUCGGUCCACGCACAGGCGUCUGGGCAGAGUCGCCGGAUGUCGAUGCAGCCCAAUGGGAGUUUGAGCGCGACGCAGAACGCUUCCUGGACCAAGCAGAGAAACUUGUCUCGCCAUAUUCGUGGACAAGGUACGACAGCGUAGUGCUUCCUCCCUCGUUCCCUUACGGCGGAAUGGAAAAUGCCAACUUGACCACGCUCACACCGACGCUGGUCGCUGGCGACCGCAGCUUGACUGACGUGAUGCUGCACGAGCUGUGCCAUUCGUGGAGCGGAAACCUCACCUCAUGCAUCAACUGGGAGUCUUUUUGGCUGAACGAGGGCUGGACCGUGUAUCUGGAGCGCCUUCUUCUGCAAAAGGUUCAUGCGGACGACAACGGCCCUGCACACCGCGGCUUUUCCUACAUUAUCGGCGCCAAGGCACUGAAGGAUGCGCUGGAAGGUUUCAGCAACGUGCCGAGGUUUCAGCGCUUGAUCCCAGAGUACAAAGCCGGGGAAGAUCCCGACGAUGCGUUUAGCUCGAUUCCGUAUGAAAAGGGAUCCAACUUUUUGCUCCACCUGGAGCGUGUGGUAGGCGGCCUGGACGUAUUUAUCCCCUACGUGCGCGCCUACUUUCACGCUUUUUACAAUCGCGGCGUGAGCACAGAGCAGUGGAAAGAGCACCUGUUUGCAUUCUACGCAAGCAAUCCCACCAUCACAGCCAAACUCAAACAAGUUGACUGGGAUGCGUGGCUCUAUGGCGAGGGCACUACGCUUCCCGUCAAGAUGAUCUACAACGACGAGCUUGCGCGCUCCGCGUUUUCCUUAGCCGAACGCUGGGCGCGUGCCAUUGAAAAAGGCAACGUCGAGCCUGGCUUUUCUGCAGACGACAUGCAAGGCUGGAAUGCGAACCAAAAGGUUGUUUUUCUCGAAAGCUUGCAGGGCCGCAAGCCUGCAACGAAGGCACUCCUCGAAGCGCUCGACGCCACGUAUGGCCUUAGCGAUGCGCGUAACGCCGAAAUUCGCUGCCGCUUCUUUGAGCUUGCGCUGCACACCAAAGACAGCGGCUACGAACAAUGCGCUGCCGAUUGGGUCGCGUGCCAAGGCCGCAUGAAGUUUUGCCGCACGAUCUACAAGGCGCUGUACAAGGUUGCACCCGCACUUGCGCGCAAAACGUUUGAGGAACACGCCGACUUUUACCACCCCAUUGCCGCAGCAAUGAUCCGAAAGGAUUUGGCGCCAUCGCCUGCCGUUGUUUCUGUGCUCGGAAGCACUGGCACUGGAAAAUCGCAGCUGGGCGUUGAGCUCGCGCAGCUCGUUGGGGAUGCAGAGAUCAUCUCGGUGGACAGUAUGCAAACGUACAAAGGCCUCGACGUGAUUACGAACAAGGCCGCGCCCGCGGAGAUGCAAGGCAUUCCCCAUCACCUGCUGAGUUUCUUAGCACCAUGCGAAGAGUAUGAUAUCACGCAGUUUGUGCAGGACGCGACACAACUGUGUACCAAGAUGCAAUCCAAAGGAACGCUGCCUAUUUUGGUCGGCGGCACGACCUACUACCUGCAGCACCUGCUUUUUCGGGGGCGGCUCGUGUCUGCAGCCAAUGAGCUGGACAGAGAUGGGGCGGAGGUUCUUGAGAAAGCUGUGGCGCAGCUUCCGCUUGAUCAACAAGCGCUGUGGUCCGCCCUCGAUGCGCCGCUUCCCAAUGCUGAUUCUCCCGCCCAAGGCAUGGUGCUCUGGGAGCUCUUGAACGCGCUCGAUCCUUCCAGCGCUCGUCGCUGGCACCAUAACGACGCACGCAAAGUGUACCGCAGUCUGCGCAUUCUUCGCGACACGGGCAGGCCGCAGUCUGCAUGGCUCGCGCAGCAGGACUCUGCCCCCGACGUUACGCCGCCGCGCUUCGGCGAGCGCCGACUUUUUUUUUGGGUGUGGAGCGAUCGAGAAACGCUCACAAAACGACUCGACGGACGCAUCGGAGGAAUGGUUGAGCGCGGACUCUUGGACGAGAUCCGCGCACUGCGCACGAUUGCUGGCGCGCCGGAUUAUACGCGCGGCAUCUUUCAGGCGAUUGGAUACAAGGAAUUUGACGCGUACUUGACCGAGUACGACACGCACCAAACGCACAAUGAAACCCUCUUUCAAGAGGCGAUCCAGGCGAUGCAGGUAGCGACGCGUCGCUAUGCGAAACGCCAAGUGUCCUGGAUCAAGAACCAGCUUCUUCCCGAAAUUCGCUGUGCACAAGCGCGGGGUGAGGAUGUGUAUUUGUACGUGCUCGACGCGUCCGAUCCCGCACAGUGGCACGAACAUGUGCGCCGCAAGGCCGAGGCCAUCACACACGCUUUUCUGCAAGGCGCGCCGAUGCCCGAUCCGUCCAGCGUCUGUGCACGCGCGUCAGACUUGCUCCAAAGCGACGCGCGCGCACAGGGCAAGAUGGAGCGCAACCAAAUGUUUACGUGCGACGUAUGUACCUCUGAUCCAGCUCACCCAUUUCGCGUCCGCGAGACGGAACGCGCAAAACACACGGCCUCGCGGACGCACCGCACCGCGUGCAAGCGCCGCACAAGGCAGGCGUGGAUUGCCGAGAACAAGGCGCAAGGCGCGUCCAUUCGGCGCGCGCGCGCAGAACAGCGUGAGACGGAGGAGUGA